AUGGCGGCUCUCCAUGGCGGCUCUCCAGCCGGCGCCCAGUGGCCACAUUUCCUCCAUCACUGCGAGCAGCCCCCGCGAGCUUCGCUUUGUGAUGAGGUCGCCGAGACGGCAGAGGAGCCUCAGGCUGCCGAUGUGGAUGAGCCUGCGGUGAAGGUCUCAGAACCCACCCGCGACCGGGGAUCCCUGAGUGCUCAGGGGGUUGAGUUGUUCGUGAGGUUCAACUCCAGCCACGGCUUCCCAGUGGAGGUGGAUUCUGCCACCAGCAUCUUCCAGCUCAAGGAGGAGGUUGCUAAGCGACAGGGGGUUCCAGCCGACCAGCUGCGCGUGAUUUUCGCGGGGAAGGAGCUCAGGAAUGACCUGGUGGUGCAGAGCUGCGACCUGGGCCAGCAGAGCAUCGUCCACGUGGUGCUGAGACCCGGGAGAGAAGGCCCCGCCAUGGCCGCCGGCGGGGACCAUCCCCCGGGCACUGAGGGGGCCUUCGCGAGGGAGUCCGAGAGCCUGACCCGCGUGGACUUCAGCAGCUCCGUGCUCCCCACCGACUCCGCAGGCCUGGCCGUCAUUCUGCACGACGACAGAGAGGGUGCUGCGCGGACGGCAGGCAGACCAGCAGGUCGACCGGCCCACAACAGCUUCUACGUCUACUGCAAGGGCCCCUGCCAGCGGGUGCAGCCCGGGAAGCUCCGGGUGCGGUGCGGCUCCUGCCAGCAAGCCACGCUCACCUUGGCCCAGGGCCCGUCCUGCUGGGACGACGUCCUGAUCCCGAAGCGGAUGAGGGGUGAGUGCCAGUCGCCAGGCUGCCCCGGGACAAGCGCAGAAUUUUUCUUUAAAUGUUCAGCGCACCCGACCUCUGACAAAGAAACAUCAGUAGCUUUGAACUUGAUCACAACCAACAGCCGGGGCAUCACCUGCAUCACGUGCACCGACAUCAGGAGCCCGGUCCUGGUUUUCCAGUGCAACCACCGCCACGUGAUCUGCUUGGACUGCUUCCACCUGUACUGCGUGACCAGGCUCAACGACCGGCAGUUUGUCCACGACCCGCAGCUGGGCUACUCGCUGCCGUGUGUGGCCGGCUGCCCCAACUCCUUGAUCAAAGAGCUUCAUCACUUCAGGAUCCUCGGGGAAGAGCAGUAUGGCCGCUACCAGCACUACGGCGCCGAGGAGUGCGUGCUUUUUCGUUGCUACUUCAUAACUCUCGUCUUCUGCCGCGACUGUAAGGACGCCUACCACGAGGGGGAGUGCAGCGCCCUGGCCGCCGCCUCAGGGGCAGCUGCUCAGGCCUACCGGGUGGACGCCAGGGCGGCCGAGCAGGCUCGCUGGGAGGAGUCCUCCCGGGAGACCAUCAAGAAGACCACCAAGCCCUGCCCACGCUGCCACGUGCCUGUGGAGAAGAACGGCGGAUGCAUGCACAUGAAGUGCCCGCAGCCCCAGUGCCAGCUGGAGUGGUGCUGGAACUGCAGCUGCGAGUGGAGCCGCGCCUGCAUGGGCGCCCACUGGUUCGACGUGUAGCUGCCGCGGGCCCACCGUCGGCGCCGGAGCUCCAUGUCCAGCGGCGUCUGCCCCUCUCCCUUUCUCCCCACACACACACACAUGCACACACGCACAUUUGCACGCACACAUAGGCACACACAUGCACACAGUUCUUUCCAAAAUGACAGCAGCAGGUCUGGGCAGCUCCCAGCCUCGCGUUGAUUGUGCCGGGAAAACCAGCACCACGAGGUCUCGGUCUCAGUCUGGGCCGUGCACAGCAGCGCACAGGUGGCAUGAGCCGCCUCCCGGAGGCCUGGCAUCUCGGGAGCUCGAGGCCGCUGGGAGGGACGGAGGCAUCUCAGGGUUAACUCCCUGCCCCCGCGCUCCACCCCCGGCUGGCGCUGGGAGGAGCGAUGGUGGGAGGUGCCGAGCGUCUAUCUCGGUUCUAGGCCAGCGGCCACAGCCCUCAGG